UAAUGACAGCUGCGAGGACCCUUGGACUUCCAUGCAUGUCUGUUUUGAAUGCACAUGUUGCUGCGAUGAGCGACACGGAGAAUUGCAUGGAGAUAGUGGUGGGGUGUUACGAGCAGAUACUGUUUGGAUAUAAAGUACAGCAACAAGGGGAGCAAUGGUUGGCCACAGCCGAUUUCACACAUCACGCGCACACUGCUUCCCUGUCUGCGGUGGCUGUAAAUAACAGGUUUGUGGCCACUGGAAGCAAAGAUGAAACCAUCCAAAUUUAUGACAUGAAGAAGAAAGUUGAACACGGAUCCUUGUUGCAUCACAACGGUACAAUCACAUGCUUGGAGUUCUAUGGUAACACGCACCUACUGAGCGGGGCUGAGGAUGGCUUGAUUUGUGUUUGGAACACUAAGAAGUGGGAAUGCCAGCAUUCAUUCAAAGCUCACAAGGGACAUGUGCUGUCUCUUUCUAUUCACCCUUCAGGAAAGUUAGCAUUAUCCGUUGGAACAGAUAAAACCUUACGAACAUGGAAUCUAGUUGAAGGCCGUUCUGCUUUUAUUAAGAACAUCAAACAAAAUGCACACAUAGUUCAGUGGUCUCCCAGUGGAGAGAAAUACGCAGUAGUAAUGCAUGAUAAACUGGACAUGUACAAACUGGAAACUGCAUCAGUCAUUGGCACCAUUAGUAAUCCCAAAAGAAUCUCAUCAAUAGGUUUCAUUACGGAAACACUUUUAGCUGUGGCAGGAGAUGAAGAGGUGAUCAGAUUGUAUGACACAGACUCGCAAAAAUGUCUGUGUGAGUUUAAAGCUCACGAAAAUAGGGUGAAGAAUCUGUAUAUGUUUCAGUUUGAAGGCUCUCCAGUGCUUGUGUCUUCAUCUAGCGAUGGUUAUGUUAAGAUGUGGAAAAUGGAUACCGAUGAGGUGCAGACUCCCCCACCAAUGCUUUGUGAAGUAAGCACAUCAGCAAGGCUUACAUGUGUUUCAGUGUGGCUGCCCAGGGCAGAUAAAAAGGAAAGUCCCAGCAAAGAUACCACUUCUCCUGCCGAUUCUGAAAGUCCCAAGAAGAAAACAAAGAUCCAAAGAGAGAGAACAGAGGAGACGGAUGAACCGGAAACACAAGUUGUACAAAAAAAGAGAAAGGUCGGAAAUAAGCAAAAGAAGAAGAAAGAGCAGCAAAGCAAGGACUGAUCUUCCAUUUCACUCUACCAAUUACAACGAAAUCAGUUUAACACAAGAGUUUGAGGCAGAACCGUUCACAAUUGUUUUCUGACUAGAAUAUAAUUGUAGAAAAUGUGUUGAGGGAUUACUGAUAAAGAUCUUGUGUACAACACCACACCAUGUGUGCAGUGCUCAAAUAUACAUAGUGUCUGUCCUGAGCCUCUUUGUUACUAAAACACAUGGAUCUUUGUCAAUCAUUCUUCUUUGGCCCAAAGCUCCACUGGGCUUUUCCUGAGUUAAAACAUAUUCUGGUUUGGCAUCUGGUAGACAGAUUAUCCACACUUUAUAAAUGUUAUAUAUUUUUGUAACGUCAACUAGAGCAAACUGUGUAUUUAAGUUAUGGAAAUAAAACAUCAGCUUCCAGGAGA